AAAAAAAUAAAUAUUCUGAAUCUUCGAAAAGUCGACCGAGAAGAAAAAAAAAAAAAAUUCAACGGCCGAUUCUGACGAUCCAUCUCCGCCGAGCAGAUCUGUGAAUUGAUUUCUCGACUAUUACUCAAUUUACGCGAUGGCUGCUCCUCCCGCUAGAGCCCGUGCUGAUUACGAUUACCUCAUCAAGCUUCUCUUGAUCGGAGACAGCGGUGUUGGUAAAAGUUGCCUCCUUUUACGUUUCUCUGAUGGCUCAUUUACCACCAGUUUCAUUACUACUAUUGGUAUUGAUUUUAAGAUACGGACUAUUGAGCUGGAUGGGAAGAGAAUCAAGCUGCAAAUCUGGGAUACUGCUGGACAGGAGCGGUUCAGGACCAUCACAACUGCUUACUACCGUGGAGCCAUGGGCAUCUUGCUUGUGUAUGAUGUCACCGAUGAAUCAUCUUUCAACAAUAUCAGGAACUGGAUCCGUAACAUUGAGCAGCACGCUUCUGAUAAUGUCAACAAGAUUCUAGUGGGGAACAAGGCUGAUAUGGAUGAAAGCAAACGGGCUGUGCCAAAAGCGAAGGGCCAGGCUCUUGCAGAUGAAUACGGAAUGAAGUUUUUCGAGACUAGUGCCAAGACUAACCUAAACGUUGAGGAAGUUUUCUUUUCAAUUGGUAAAGACAUCAAGCAAAGACUUGCAGAUACUGAUGCAAAGGCUGAGGUUCGUUGA